AUGUGUGACGUAACAGUGCAAGAGCUCCUCAGUUGUUUGUCUGCUUUGCUUUCAGACCCCAAUGCUCAUAAUCACAUUGCCUCAGAUCUGCUUCCAGCCCUCUGGUAUAUCACUGGAUCAGAUCAUACAUUCUCAAUUGAUCUUGCAAGUGUGGAGAAUGGCCGUGGCAAGUGUCCCCAUGACCCCAGCAGACCCUUCACCAGCACCUUCACUGGAGGAGAGCUUUACACAGGCCUCACAGCAGACUUCCUGGGUCGGGACCCCGUGAUCUUCCGCAGUCUGGGCAGCCGCUCUGCCAUGAGGACGGAGACAGACCAGCGUGUGCUGCAUGAUCCCAAGUUUGUGGCAGCCCAUCUGAUCCCGGAUAAUGACGACCGUGACAAUGACAAGGUCUAUUUCUUCUUCACGGAGAAAGCCAUGGAGGCUGGCAAGGAGUCUGGUGCCAUCCACAGCCGGGUGGGCCGAGUCUGUGCGAAUGAUGUAGGAGGCCAGAGAGUGCUGGUAAACAAGUGGAGCACGUUCAUCAAGGCCCGGCUGGUGUGUUCAGUCCCAGGGCCUCAUGGGAUAGAUACUCACUUUGAUGAGCUGGAGGAUGUCUUUCUGUUGAGGACCAAGGAUGAGAAAAACCCAGAGGUCUAUGCACUUUUUAGCACCAUAAGCAAUGUAUUCAAAGGCUUUGCUGUCUGUGUGUACCGCAUGGCUGACAUACGUGAGGCCUUCAAUGGCCCUUUCUCGCAUAAAGAGGGUCCCAAUCACCAAUGGAGCCCCUUUGAGGGCAGGGUUCCCUACCCACGGCCUGGAGUGUGUCCCAGCAAGAUCACCAACCAGCCAGGUCGACAAUUUGGUAGCACCAAGGACUACCCAGAUGCUGUCCUGCACUUUGCCCGAAGUCACCCGCUCAUGUACCAGCCUGUGUACCCUGCACUGGGGCAGCCCAUCCUUGUCAAGACCAAUGUGGAGUACCAGCUGCGACAGAUGGUGGUGGAUCGAGUGGAAGCAGAGGAUGGCCAGUAUGAUGUCAUGUUUAUUGGCACAGACGUGGGCUCAGUGCUGAAAAUGAUCACCUUGCACCGUGACAACUCUGACCAGCUGGAGGAAGUCACCCUAGAGGAGAUGCAGGUCUUCAAGGACCCAAUGCCCAUCACCUCCAUGGAGAUCUCGGUCAAGAGGCAAACUCUGUAUGUUGGUUCCUUGGUUGGUGUGGCCCAGGUGAGGCUGCACCGGUGCGAGACCUAUGGAAAGGCCUGUGCUGAGUGCUGCCUGGCAAGGGACCCUUAUUGUGCCUGGGAUGGGGUCUCCUGUACUCGCUAUCAGCCCUACAACAAGAGACGCUUCCGUCGGCAGGAUAUACGUUCUGGGAACCCCAUACAUCAGUGCCUGGAUCAGAACCUAAGUGUUGAAGACCUGGACACCCUUGAGGAGAAGACCGUGUUUGGAACAGAAAACAACAGCACCUUCUUGGAGUGUGUGCCCAAGUCACCACAGGCGAGCAUCAGCUGGUUCAUACAGAAGGAUGACCUCAAGGAAGAGGUGAAGACCGAUGACCGUGUGAUCUCCACUGAGCGCGGCUUGCUCUUCAGAAAACUCUUCCGCCAGGAUGAGGGCAGCUACGUGUGCCAGUCUCGAGAACAUGGCUUCACUCAGACGCUGCAGCGGAUCUCUCUGGAGGUGCUACGUGGAGAAAACCUGGGGGAGUUCCUUGGGAAGGAGAACAUCCCCGAAGAGGAGACAGGGGCAGGGUAUCGUCCACCUCCUUGCCACACUGCCCGAGGAGGUCCCACUCGGUCAUGGUUCAAGGACAUCAUGCAGUUGAUUGGCCCUUCCAACUUGCCUCGGGUGGAGGAGUAUUGCGAGCGUGUCUGGUGCAAUGAAAAGCAACGGCGCAAACACAAAGCCAUGCAGAACAAGUAUAAGCUGGCACAGGAGAGUGUGCGCAAAGUACGUGCCAAAAGCUCAAUCGAGAGAAACCGCACCCCCCGUUCCACCAGGGACACGUAGGCUCUGGAGGCCAGCCUCCUGUGAGAGGCACUGCCUGGCGCAAGGCACUUGGGACGCUUUCCUCUAAUUGACAGACAAGACUUCCACGAGUACUCACUCUCGCUCACCCCAGACUCCAGCAUGGCUUUUGCUGUGCAAAUGAACAGGGUGGGGAUGUGGGGCAGUUGGUGUUCUGGAAGCAAAGCCGACACGAAAAACAACCCAGGCAUGAACUGCACUGCACACAUUCAAUGGAAAAAUGAGACAACAGAGCACAAGCUCAGCUUCGCCAUCAGCCCACAGAACAGUUGGGUCAUAGCAGCUGUUCACUCUACAGUGACGUUGACACCUCAGUGCCAUCAUGGUGUGAUUAGGGGCUUUGCAGGUGCAGUUUACAGUGGACUCUUCUGUGAAAUACCCUCUUUUUAAUUAUGAUGGCCUUGUCACAUAACUGCACUCCAUAGUAGGUUGGUGUUGGGGGCAUGGAGUAUAAAACUUAAAAAUACUGGAGUGGGGCAUAGGGAUGUGGCUGUAAUUGUUUCUAGUCAACAUUAUUAUCAGGAAAGGAG